AUGGCAUCGAUCAGUGUAGUGGGGCUUUUUGUCUGCCUUUUGGCAGUUCUUACAUCAGGCUUGGUUGAGGCUAAGCUAACACGAUACGAUAACUACCGUGUGUAUAAGCUUUCAAUUGAGCGCGUGGAGCAGCUGGAGUUGCUGCAACUCAUCGAACAGUUCCCGGAUGGUUAUGCGUUCCUUAGUGAUCCAGUUCAUCUUAAUUCCACCGUAAAGCUGGUGGUUCCACCGCACAAACAAGGGGAGUUUGAGGAGCUCAACAAUAAGUACUCGCUGAAGGGUGAGAUUGCCUUCCCGAACCUGCAGGCCGUAAUCGAUCGACAGCUACGUGGUCGCCGUGAAACGUUCGGCUGGACGGCGUACCAUCCGCUCGAGGAUAUCUACGCAUGGCUGGACACACUGAUUGAGCAGUACCCCGAUGUGGUCACCCCGAUCGUUGCUGGGGAGACUUACGAAGGACGUCAGAUUCGUGGUGUGAAGGUAUCAUACAAGGAAGGCAAUCCGGCCAUCUUUACUGAAGGUUCCAUACACUCACGGGAAUGGAUCAGUGCCGCCACAGUGACAUUUGUGCUGAACGAGUUGCUCACAUCGCAGGAUGAAGCGGUACGCAACAUAGCCGAGAAUUACGACUGGUACAUGGUGCCGGUUGCCAAUCCGGACGGGUACGUUUACACGCACACUACGACGCGGUUGUGGAGAAAAACUCGCUCCCGUCAGAAUGUGCUGUGCUUCGGUGUGGACCCGAACCGCAAUUGGGAUUACAAGUUCAAUCAGGGUGGAACUUCAACGAAUCCCUGCUCGGACACCUUCUCUGGCCCAUCGCCAUUUUCGGAGAUUGAAACGCGCACACUGUCCGAGUACAUUGCCACCAUUCCCAACCUAUCUACUUAUCUCGAUUUCCACUCGUCUGGUCAGCUGUUGAUGGUUCCAUACGGACACACGAGAGAACCGCUAGAUAACUACUACGAGCUGAUGGAAAUUGGAACGAAGGCUGCUGCAAAGCUGGAGGAACGCCACGGUAGUCGCUAUCAGGUUGGAAAUAUUGCCGAGAUUAUCUACAUUGCUUCCGGUAGCAGUUUGGACUGGGUGAAGGGAACGCUGCAAACUCCGCUGACGUUUGCCUACGAGUUGCGUGAUACUGGAGAGUAUGGAUUCUUGCUUCCUCCGGAGCAGAUUAUUCCCACUGCAGAGGAAACUCUGGACUCGAUCAUCGUGAUCUUGGAAGAGGGCAAGGCGUUGGGUUACCACUGA